AUGGGCACGUAUGUCCCACCGGGACAAUCGCCUCCUUUCCAGGUGGUCGAUGAUUUGCAUCAUGGAGCUUGGGUUAUUAUCACUGGGGCGCUUGGACUGGUCUUAUCGCUGGUCAGCUUCUUCAUCCGGCUCUAUGUGCGGCUCGCUUUGCAUCCGCCAUUCGCGUAUGACGAUUAUCUCCUCCUGGGAGCGACGGCCGUGGCGAUCGUGCAAGCAGCAUUGCUGUUUGACGCAGUGUCAAAUGGUUUCGGGACAUCAAUCCACCUGCUCAAGCCCGAGCAAGUGAACCAGAUCCAGACCCUCAUCACAGUUAGUGACAUUCUCUACCUAAUCACUAUCUAUAUCUCGAAAUGCUGCGUCUGCGGCAUCUAUUUCCGCCUCACGCCCCAGAAAUCCCACAACCGAGCCACCCUCGCCACACUCGCUCUCUGCACCGCAUGGGUCAUUCCAGCCGUGUUCAUAAUUGCAGUAAACUGCGAACUCAACCGCCCCUGGAAAGGAUCCGGAGCACAAUGCGUAAAUCUGAUCCAACGCUGGCAAUUCAUCGUUGCACUAGACAUAACCACCGAACUGAUCAUCUUCGGCCUAGCUAUCGCCCUCCUCUGGGGACUGUUCAUGCCCUUUCAGCGCAAAUUCACUAUAGGGUUUGCAUUUUUGAUUCGACUGCCCCUAAUAAUCUUCUCCAUCUUUCACAUCUACACAAUCAACCGCAAAGUCCACUCCCCCGAUCCUACCCUCUCCGUCGUCAUACCCAUCAUCUGGGCGCAAGUAGAACUCAACUACGCUCUCGUGGCAUGCAGUGUCUUCUGUCUGCGACCAUUCAUGGCGGCUGAGACUGCCUACCAAACCGAAAGCUACGACUCCUACGAUAACCUUUCCAUGACCGCCUGA